AACGGCACCGUUUUGCUUCCGAAACGUCAUCCAUUGUGUUUUGUUGUCAGCUGCCUGCUCUCCACGAGCAGAACCCACUGCAGAGGAGGAGAGGAAGGAGAAUGGUGUCGAUUACAAUGACCUUAAUGCCUCCACAGUCUCAAGGUCUUCGGAAUUCUGAAUUCUUUUCAUUGAAGAGAUGCCACAAUCGUUUUGUUCUUCUCCAUCGAAAUGCCACAAGCAUCAAUCUCUCUAGAACUGAACAAGGCCUGAGCAGGAGGUUAUUAUGCCCCUGUGAUCCCCAUGGAGCGUUUGUUGGGUGCAUUCUCAAACCAAUAUCUGCAGUAGGUUCAGGUAUGGAAGCAUCUAUUGCAGAUCCUAAGGAAAAUGCUGUAACUGUAAAGAAUGCCAAGAUAGUUGUAGAGUCCCGAGAUGAAAACCAAGUGCAGCUGAGAGUGGACUUGCCUGGGAAUGAGACACAAAAGAUAUUUGAUAAGGUUUUGACGAACUUGGCUCGUACAGCUCCGCCAAUUCCAGGAUUUCGCAGAGAAAAAGGAGGAAAGACAACAAAGGUUCCGAAGAGUUUCCUCUUACAAGUACUUGGGGAGGAUCGUGUCACCAAGUUUGUCAUACAAGAAAUAGUGACUACAACCAUAGCUGAUUAUGUAAAGAAGGAAAAUCUGAACGUUAAGGACAAUAAAACUAACACAACCCAGACAGCAGAAGAACUCAAAAAGUCCUUCACUCCGGGAAAUGACUUUGGAUUUAAUGCUGUACUGGAACUUGAAAAAGUGGAAACAGAAGCUGGAGCUGAAACAUCUGGAUCAAAUCCACCCUGAAGUAUGACUUGAUUGUUAGAGAGAAGGCAGUAAUCUAUUUCCGAGUACAGAAAUCACGUCCUGGAUUAAAGAUAAGAUCAUUUGUUCUUUCACACAAGCAUAUAUACAAAUGAUAUAUUUUUCUAA